AUGGAUGAACCCGGGCCAUCAACGGCUAGAAAGGCCAAUAUUUCCGUGCUGUACGCCCGGCUUUUCCAGGAUGCAAAUUCGGUAGAUUGGACCACUUUUUUCACCGUCCAAAGCAGCCCGGAGCAUCUCACGACGCUGAUUGAAAAUUUGCAUCGAAAAGAAAUUACCCCCUUAAAAGAGGCCCUCCACAAAUUACUCGACCGUUCACUUACCGUAUUUUUGCAGCAUUCCGACAUCCAAGCCUUCAAUGCCCUUACGACAGUAUCAACUGUAAUAAACCUGAUUGGACAGAAAAUGGGGCUAAAUGAUGAAGGAAUAGAAUUUUUAUUUUCUGCAGAAGCCAGAAAACGAAUACCGGAUUUCGCCAAACGAAUUGCCUAUAUUUUGGGGCAUUCGCGUUCAGAUGAGAUGAAAUUGCUUUGUUGGAACGCGUUGUUAAAGAUAGCCACUACCGUAGCCGACGUCUCUGAAAAUCGCCUCCUCCUUGAUUUUUGUUGCCAAGACAUCCUUGAAGCCAUUUUGAUCCAAUUUUUACCUACGGCUGACCCGAGCCAUGCCGAUUAUGCUAUCAACUUAUUUUCAAUUCUACUUUCCCACUUUGAUGGAAGCAUGCAGCUACUUUUAAGGUUAGCCAUGGAGGAGGAGGAGCACAUAUUUGAGGGGCUGAACGAAAAAUUCCGAGGAUUUUUCGACCUGAAAGCGGAUUACAUGGUGGCCGGGGAAUGGGAUAUGACUUCGUUGUAUAAGAAACACAAGCGAGAGCCGAAAACAUCACCAUUUGUCGAUACGGGCUCACGAACGAAUGUGUUGGAGAUUGCAAGCCUAUUUACAUUCUAUUCCACCUGCACUACGAACAAAAAGCUAUUGACGUUGCUUUUUGCGACUGACUUCCUCCACCAUCAGCCAUGCACGAUUGGAAUUUUUCUUUCCUAUUGCUCCUACGCGCUAUUUAAUUAUGAAACAGAAACACAGCUCCUCGAGCUCUCUUGGCAUAACAGCUUAGCGCUAAUGCCUGACGCCUCUCGACUGCGCGCGAAACUGUGCUUCCUAACAUUGCUAAAGCUCGUGGACGACGCCUACGUUUUGGCCGAACUUCAUAACGAUGUUCGUGCUCGGAAUAUCGCCUUUGAUCCUAGGGUGUGGCGUGGAAAUGACGACAAGCCAAAAGCCGCUCUGCUUGGUGCUGCUGUUCUCGAGAUCCUUGUCGGGUUCAUCAAGACGAGCCUGAAGACGACGAUUCCAUUAGAAUUCUUUGAUUUCGCCCUCGGGAUUAUCCACCGUAUUCUGGUGUUUUUACGGGAGCGUGAAUUACGAAUUGACGAAUGGAAACCGUUGUUUUUAGUCCUCUUCGCUCUGCUCAAAUUCUUACGUAAGAGCGAGCACAAACUGCCGUAUUCCGAGCCACUAGUUCUACGUGUCGUCAUGUUGCUCAAUUUCUUUAUUACAUAUGGAGAUCAAUUUCUGCCUGAUGAUGAAGCCUACGAGUUUGUGUACUAUGAAAUUCUACGCAAUCCCGAUCUGUUCAAGCGGUUGGAGAGCAGCCUAAAAGCUUCGCCAGAAAACGAGGUUACCGAAAAAACGCUGGCUCAACUCGAAAAUCAGUUAAGUAUAAUAAAAACUAUUCAACCGACGCUGGAUGCUAUUAACGAAUAUCCUACCGAGAAACAGGUCUACGCAGCAAUCCGUGAAAAUUUGGACCAAGUCGAACUUCGCCUAUUCCCUACGAUUACCGUAGUCGAUCGAUAUGAGGCUGGCACUCAUCAGAGGACAUUUUUCGAUUUGUUAUCGGUUAAGCUUGCGGGUCGACUCCAUAGCGAAGUUGAAGCCGCUGAAAUCGACUAUCCAAAAGCUCUGGCGGAACUUGGCUUGUCA